AAUCCCCGCCGCUGCCGCACCGGUGGCUCUAGCCCGGAGAGCAGCGAGCGCGCCCGGUGCUGCCGCCUCUGCGCUGCGGCUCGGCUCGCCCCGGGCCCCCGCCACCAUGCCGCCCCUCGGCCUCCUGCUGCUGCUCUUCGCCUGCUUCGGCGCCGCCCGAGGAAACCUCUCCCGCGACGAGAGCCAGCCCACAACAUCGGAUGAGACCGUGGUAGCUGGUGGUACAGUGGUGCUCAAGUGCCAGGUGGAGGACCCUGAUGACUCCUCGCUGCAGUGGUCCAACCCUGCCCAGCAGACCCUCUACUUUGGGGAGAAACGAGCCCUACGAGAUAACAGAAUCCAGCUGGAGAGGUCCACGCCCAACGAGCUGACCAUCAGCAUCAGUGAUGUGGUGCUGUCAGAUGAGGGGGAAUAUACUUGCUCCAUCUUCACCAUGCCUGUGCGGACUGCAAAGGCCCUGGUCACCGUGCUGGGAAUCCCCCAGAAACCCCAAAUCUUUGGCCAUGAGCAGCCCAUUGAUGAGGAGAAGAUAGCCCGGCUGACUUGCCGGUCCUCUGGCAGCAAGCCUGCGGCCCAGCUCCGGUGGAAGAAGGGCAACAAGGAGCUGACGGACGAGGGCACCGAGGUGGUGGAGGACCCUAAUGGAAAGACCUUUACCGUGAGCAGCCGGGUGGAGUUCCGCGUCACCAAGGAGGACAACGAAGCCGAAGUGACCUGCACUGUGGACCAUGAGUCCCUGCAGAACUCCGAGAGGUCAACCACGCAGAAGCUGCAGGUCCACUACAAGCCAACAGCGAGGAUUGAGCCACAUCCCCAGUACCCACGGGAAGGCGAGAAGCUCCAGCUGCAGUGUGACGGGCAGGGCAACCCAAUCCCCCAGGAGUUCCUGUGGGAGAAGGAGGGCAGCGAUGCACCCCUGCAGCUGAGCUCCGACAGUGUCCUCAUCUUCCCUUUCCUCAACAAGAGUGACAGCGGCACCUACGUCUGCACAGCCACCAGCUCCAUGGGCAGUGUUGUGGCCAAGUACAACCUCGACGUCAGUGAUCUUUCCCAGCUCCCCACCCCACACGUUCACUCCACUCCAGCCCCUCCGCCGGGCCCUUCCCAGCCCAUCUCUCAUGCUUCCAUGGCCACCGCUUCAUCCUUCACUCCAGCUCCCAUCCAAGAUGCCAGCCCGGUGCCCUCGACUUCCAGCACGUACCAUGCAGUGAUCGGUGGGGUGGUUGCCGUCAUUGUCUUCCUCCUGCUCAGUCUUCUCAUCGUGUUGGGACACUACCUGAUCAGACACAAAGGUAUGUGCAUAAGACACGGGGAGACGGUCACAUCCAGACAUCGGCAAAACCCAGCAGAGGUGAUGUGUACCUACCUGACCCACGAGGCCAAGGGGUCGGAUGAUGCCCCAGACGCUGACACAGCCAUUAUCAAUGCAGAGGGCGGCCAAGCCAGUGGUGACGACAAGAAGGAGUAUUUCAUCUAGGGGCAUCAGAGAGAGUGAGAAAUGGAGCCAACAGACCCCGAAUGAAACGGAAACCAGACCACAAACCCCACUCAACCCAACCGAUUUUCUCUCGCGCCUGGCACGGGCAGACAGAUGGACAGAGGGAUGGCAGGACAGAGAGCAGAGAGCAACCGGCCUGAGACAUGAUGCUUCUUAAACUUGUACAAAACAUUAUUACUACAAACAGCGAAAGCCCUGGCCCCGUUUGCUUGCUUGCACCUCCAUCCCUGCGACUGGCGCUCGCGCAAAACACAGACCAACCAGUGAGUGAGCGACUUUCCUUCUUCCUUUGGACGUUUGCUUUGGUUUCGUGGCUGCUCUUUGCUUUAGGCCUUUGGUUGGGAUGUUGGGCUGGGGUUGAUGUAGCUCUUUCCUUUGUUUCUCUCCAUUUUGGUUUCUUUGACAUCCAAGGAUAAAAUCAGCUCCAGGCUCUGGUGCAAGCUCGGGACAGCUGGGCAGCCCCUCUGUCGCAAACACUCGCCCCGUGCCUCCCACCAAGAGUCAGGACCCACAUUCCCAUUGCUCCCCCCAGCCUCGGCUGCUAUGUGAUGGCCCCAGCUGGGACAGGGAGUGCAGCCGGCAGGAUGGGAGCAGGAUACUGACAGGAAGCAUCUCUGCCUCCAAGGUCUUGGCACGUGGCUGGCAUCGAGCAGGGAGGGCCCCAAGCCCCUGCCCUGAUUUUAUCCUUGGUGGUUCUUGUCGAACAGUGUCCAUUCAGGAGGAGAGCUGUCCUCGUGCAGUAGAUGUGUGAAGGGGGGGUGAGCUUCCAGGGUGGGAACUGCUGAGGCCCCCAGAGAGACUGGGAGCUGCCAAGCACUGCAGCUCCCCGGUCCCACCCCAGCGGGAGGGGGGAGGGCAGAGGUUUGGGGGUGAAUCCAGAGAAAAAGCCCCAACUUUACAAAUUCUCAGAUUGGAAAUGUCAAUUUAGACCAUCUAUUGAGAUGUUCAGUGCAGGAGACCACCUGCGCUGGGAGCAGCAGGCAGAGCUGGGAGAGACGGUGGGCCUGCGGCCAUUGCCACUUCCCUCUUUGCUGGGCUGGCCCUGGGGCCCCCAGAGCCUCUGGAAAGGUAGUUGAGACCCUGGGGGUGGCUUCAACCAGAGCUGACACAGCUGGUGGCACCACAGGAGCCGAGCUGGUCUGGAGAUGACCUGCUCCCCAGCACAAGCGGUCCAGAGCAGCACAAGGCCUGGGAUUUCUCUGGUGGAGAUGUGCAGAGAGGCACUUCCCCAGCAUCUGCUUCUUGGAGCUGGCUGUCCCCAUUUCCUCCCCGGCCCCUUCCCAGGGCAGGUGUGAGCUUGGAAAAGGCUGUUUCCCUCUCAGCUCCAAGGGCUGCAUCCAACAGCCGCUGAAAUUCCCAGGUUUAGUGUCUUGGUGGUUUGUGCGUCUCCAAGAAGGUUUGGAGGGGGCUUGCCCUACCUCCUACUUGUUUUACUAUCUCUUCCAAGACAAAAACAGCUUUUCCAACCCCUCCAGCAUGUUCCCAGGGUCCACUUGGCCCACCCCAGCCACACGCCCACGGGAUGGGAGUGCAGGAGGCUAUGCACCAGCAUCUGCAGGACACCCCUCAGCCCCCGGGGAGCCAGGCCCCAUCCCUCACCCUUGGGAUGAGGUUUUCCAGCUUCCCAGGAUCCCAACAUUUCUUGGUCUGAACACAAGGGGUUUGCAGGACCUGCCCUUCGGCUGGUCACCCCUUCAGUUUCGGGUUGUCUGGAGGAGAAGGGCCCUUUGGGAAGGAGCAAAAGCCCUCAGUGGUGUGGGUAACCUCACCAUGGAGGUAGAGGAAGAGCUUGUGUCCUCUGCUGUGGGGUACCAGGUGCCCACGGGACAGGUAGUGUUGCUCACAUCAAGACCCUGCAAGCACGUGGCACAAGGAGGAUGCCUGUGGGAAAGCUAUCGCAGAGCGAGCAGGGCUGGAUGGGGCUCUAGGGCCAAACAGACGAGGAAGAAGAGGCAUGGCUCAGUGGCAGGCACAGGGUGUGAACGAGCGAUGUGUUUGUGGCACAUGCGCAGAUGGGACUAGAUUCAUUGUGGCUAAAUCGUGUGUCAGGAGCACUCAGGCAGCAGGGUGUUACCACCUUGAGAGAGAAGUGCACGAAGCCUUUGUCAACAUGGCGAAGAAAAUCUGCAGUUUUCUUGAUGUUGUUCCUCCCUUCCCAUCUCUUUGGAGGAAGUCGUUGGCCUGGAGUCCCAACGGUAACUCUCAGCUUGUUUCAAAGGAUGCAACCAUUGCUGCCGGAGAUAACACUGCAGAUGUUGAUGCUGUUAACUACUCCACUGCACACUGAGCAUGUCUGAAUGUGCGAUCUGACGCUUUGCUGAAGAUCUCUUAACAUCCACUAUCAAAUAGACGUAAUUCCUUCAAAUAAAAAUGCAAGGAUGUGUUUUCAAGUACAAUUUAAUCUCAUUGUAAGUCUACGUGCUGUAGAUGGUUACAAAGAAAGCCCCAACCCAGGGGUGUGGGGGGGGAAGGGGUUAACUGGUCCCAAGGGAAAGGGAUGUGGGAGCUGAAGCUGGACAGGGAGGUUUCUGCCUCUUCAAGGCAGUGCGGCACAGCCAUGGCCAUUUUCUCCCCAGUGCCACUGCUUCAAAGCUGCUUCGAGGGCUGGUGCCAGUGGUCGCCACUUUGCCCUGGUGUGAGAAGUCAGGAUUUGGCCUUUUUGAGAUGCUGCAUGGUAUGGGACGUGGCAGGAUGCAGCACAGGGAGGACUGGGCACGGGCAGGGCAUUGAGGCUUGCUUCCUGCGGCAGACAUCAGCAAAGGAUGGUCUGGGUCUCACCCCAAGUGGACCCCCUGUCCUGCUACAUCCACGGCAAGAGGUUGAGCUAUGGCCCCGGGCAUCGCAGGUCCUGGGAGUGGUGGAAGCCUGAACGUGAGGCUGUGUCUUCAAGCGAGAACCAAAGGGCUUUGGCAGAUGCGAAGGAGCAGUGGACCCACUACCGUGGGCAUGAGGGUGAUGGAGAGCCCGUGUCGCGUGUGCGGGGUGACAUACACCAGGUAACAUCUGUGAAGAGGGAGAUGCCAUGGGAUGAGCGUGAGGGGUGAUGGGGACACGGGAGGGUGCAGUGGUGGUGCACCCACCGUGCUGCUGGUGGAAGGUAUGAUGGGACACACCAUGUUGUGAGCGUGAUGGAGAAACCACUGCGAGUUUGAGGCCCUGAUGAAUAGAUCACGUCAUAGGUGUGAGGUGUGGUGGGAAGCACCAUUUUGGGAGUCCAGGGGCAUGGUGGGGUACACAGCGUGUUGAGUCUUUUGGGGUGAUGAGUACACCGUGUCACAGGUGUGCAGAGGAACAGCUACACAGCAGGAUGGGUGUCAGUCGUGAGCUGCACCACGCCAUGAGUGUGUUAGGGUGAUGUGAGGGAGGGGUGAUGGGGUACACGCUGUGUUGGGGCUGGGACAUGUCCUGUUGUACGUGUGCAUGGCACUGUGGUACAGCAGGUCAGGGCUGUUGCGGGUUGAGUACACCGUGUCAUAAGUACAAGAGGGGAUGUGGGUCAUGUGAAGGGGUGAGAAGCUACACCUUGGUGCUAGCAUGGGGGUGAUGCCACACACUGACGACACGGGGAGACGGUGGGGUACGUGGUGUCGCUGACGUGGCUGAGGGUGGAUGCGCCGCACUGCAGAAUGAUGAAGCGAUGGGGCAGGUGGUGCUGCUGGAGCAGUGACGUGAGGGACACGCUGUCACAGGGGAGAGGGGACACCAGGCUCCUGUCCGUCCCCACUGGCACCCAGCAAAGAUGGGCAGUGUCACACUGUGGCUGGGAGAGCCCAGGGCACCAGCCGCCGCCCUGGGCCUCGGUGGCUCCUUCAGAAGCGGGGCUUCCUUGUUGGCCAUGUAGGCAGGGGACCUGCAGCCCAAUAUCCUCUCCGUGCCACCGCAGCCACCCGUGCUGGGCCCAGGGCAUCCAAACCGGGAUGCAGCCAGGGCUGGCACUGGGGGAGCAAGGAGGGUGUGGGACCAUGUGGCCCUCUUUUGUAGACAGGCCUAUUCACUCCCGCUCACCAGCCCCAGCGAGGCUCCGGCUGCGUCCCAGCCAGCACUGAACUCUCAAUAGACACGAAAGCCAUAUUUGUAGGGAGCUCUGGAGACGCCGUGGGGCGGCAGUGGGGCAGGGCAGAGGACGGUCUGUGUUGUUGUGCUGUGUUCUUGUAUGUACAUAAAAGGGAGACAACGAACGUCAAUGUGACUUUAUAACCUUUCUAAUAUCCUGUGCUAAUCUCGGAAAAUAAUCCUAUAAAUAUAUCUGGAUUACACACA